UUUUAUGUUAUUUUUUUAGACGUCUCUAUAGCUUUUCAAACACUCAAGCCCCUUGAAUCUUACAUUUGUCAAUGAAAAGGCUCGCUUUCUUUUUUCGCAGGAUUCAUAGCUCUGAUAUGUUUCACAUGGUUGGUCGACAGGCUUCAUUUUUUACCUCGCUAAUUUUGAUUUCUCAAAUGUUUCGUGACAUUGCCAGUCAGCAGUGUGGCCUAUACUCGACUAAAAAGAUGAUGCUAAGGGGCCAUACCUAUAAGACAUUCAAGUUUACACCAGGUACGCUGGAAUGCCAAGAGGCUUGUCACGCUGAUCUCAGAUGUCAAAGCUAUAAUGUCGUCAUGUUCAUUGCAAUAUGUGAGCUAAGCAACCGGACUAAAGAGGCCAGACCAGAGGACUUUGUCAAGGACAAGGACAGAUAUUAUGUAGCGAUAGGCCCAAAACGAGUUCCUCUCGGAUCAAUCCGUGAGCUACCUGCUAGGUCGUGUGAGGAAAUCAAGGCGAGUGAAGGAGAACAAGCAGUCAGCGGUAAUUAUUGGCUGGAUUCUACCAGAUCUGAGAACUCUAGUUUGGUUCGCUGUGACAUGAAGACAGGUGUUGCAGACUAUUGUGCCAAGCACCAGUGCCAGAACGAUGCGAAGUGUGUGAACCGGGAAACAAACUACUCGUGUGCAUGUAACUCACCUGGUUGGACAGGAAAAUAUUGUGAAAAAGAUAUCAACGAAUGUCAGGAAGAUUUGCAUAUUUGUCUGGCCAAAGCCAUUUGUCACAAUACUGAGGGCUCCUACAAGUGUUCAUGCAAACCCGGAUUUAUUGGAGACGGAAAAAAUAGCUGCAAAGGAUGCGAGCCGGUUGGUGUAGCGGACAGGAAUAGAAUACCAGACGCCAGAAUAACAGCAAGCAGUAUUCACGAUACUAAAUAUCAUCCUUACUACGGCCGGCUGCAUGAAAGCAGAGGAAAAGGAGGAUGGUGCCCUAAGAAAAAACCUCAUAAUACAGAAUAUCUUCAAGUUGAUAUGAGGGAAGUACGUUCAGUUUGUGCUGUGGCUACACAAGGAUUACGCGGAAGACCUUCCUGGUCCACAAGCUAUAAACUGCGCCUGUCCACAGACGGUAAAUCCUGGAAAACAUACAAGGAGACAAAUGAAGAAAAGAUCUUUCAAGGGAACGUAGACGACAGCAGCAUCGUAAAACAUCCACUCAGUACUGAAGUCAAGGCCAGAUACGUUCGGUUUUAUCCUGUCACGCAUUACCGAUAUCCCUGUAUGAGGGUUGAAGUGUUUAUGCUAAAUUGACAAAACACACAUAUUCUAUAAUCUAUCAGCACAAAAACUCAGACUGUCCCAAUAACAGAUGCUAUAGAUCUCAAGACAGUGGUUAUCAGGCCGUAGAUAUACUGAUAACAAACAAACCAAAGAAGAAUUACAAAGAAAAUGGUAGAAAACAAAAUAUAGACGAAUUUGCAAAUAAGCACUAAAGUAAAAUAAGGACAAAACGAUAGGCUUAGUUUGGAAGAUUACUGAGAGGAGGGUGUUGGUUGUUUUUGUAUAAUUAACGAAGAGCGUCUAACUAGCGAGUCUUAAACUCAUGCAAGGAAAAACGAAAAAUUUAAACUGAAUCUCGAGGAUUGGGUCGAACGACUGGAAGGGUCAUUUACAUGCCAGUAACCCUGCCUUUCCACCUCAGACGAUCAGGAAUCUUAUUUUCAUUGUAUCUUAUUUUAUUGUAUUAUCGAAAUGCUAAAAUAGUUUUGGUGAAUUUUAUCAGUCUAGUUUAAGGUGACUUACGCAGGACUAUGUAAAGUCUUUUACAGUUAUCUAGGAAACAAAAAGAUGGAAAAACAUGAUUUCCAAAACAAAAACAGCAACAAUAGCAACGAAUUCGCUGCUCCUUGAGCUUGUUGACUUGUUGA